AUGCCGGAAGUCGUCAGGGGCAGUCGGGCCAGCCUGCAGCUGGCUCGCAAUGCCACCCCGGUCUCGCCUACGCAGGAAACACGAGCCGUCCAUUUUGAGCCUGCAAGUCCAGCCGUCGAAGACACUCCUACACCCGGCUUGAAUGCUGUCGACACAGGUCUAAGCACGGAUUCCGCGCGAAGGAGAAGCUCACAACACAAGAGAAGGCGAACCCAGGAUAUGAGCUCUCCGGAGAGGGCCGCGUAUUAUGACAGUCGUGCCGCCACAAAACGAGAAUUCCGAAGACGAGCGAGCACUUUACAAGAAUACUACCAGGACCAUCCUGAAUUACUUCCACAACUGCCUUUUACCUGGCGACAUGGCCUCAAGAGAUGGAAACUGUUCUUGACCAUUUUUAUAAUGUUUGUCGAUGCGUGUGUCAUUCCGAUUGUGUUAUACUACUCCAUGAAGUUUGCCGGCCAUGUCCAGGGAUGGAUAAUUUUCGCCGUCGUCGCUACCAUCUGGGGUGGGCCAGCAUACGUCGAAUUCGCCGUCCGAUCCUGGAGACUGAUCAAGAAAGAGAACUUUUUCCGACCGUUGGGCACAUCUAAUCGGUGGGCGUUUGACAUUACGCAUUGGAUUUCCAGUUUGACCAUAGCAGCCGUUACUGCGUUUCUCAUCAUUGGCAGUGCGCCUCAUAAUGUGUGGCUGCGGGUUCUGUCGAUGCCAGGUCCAGCAAUCCUCUACUGCAUAGGCGGGAGUGUGUUUUUGAUCACCAUGUACAGUCUUACGGGCCGAAAAGCACCUUUCCGAAUCAGCUCGACGCCGAAAGGGGGAGAUGUUUACCCAGGAGUGUACUAUAUCAUGGAGGACGUUAUCGCCGUCAACGCAAGUGCUGGAAGGCCUUUCCGCGAAGCGCUUGCUGCUCGAUAUGCUGCGAGCCCCCGUUUCCGAAGGAUGGUAAAAACGCAGUCGUUGUUCUGGUCCAUACCGGCCAUAGUUGUGGCCAUUGCUUGUACAGUGGUCAUUAUCAUUCACCCCGUGUCUAAAGAAGUGGCAUAUGGUAUUGGAUGGGGUGUUCCCUUUGUUUGGAUUAUUAUAUGGGCUGCCAUUGCUAUCCCUUGGAUCCGUCGCGACAUGCACAAGGAGACGGUGACGUGGGAGGAAGAUUGCGGCAUCGUACCGGAGAAGAAGCACAAACAUGCCGUCAGCGAUUUGGAAAACGGAGAGGCUACUUCCAAGGAACCUAAAGUACCCGAGCCAGCUCAUUAA